AUGUCAGAAGUGAGCUCAGGAAGUUCACCAAAAGAUUCGUUCGAAUUUGUGAUUCGAUUCUCAACCGCAAUUCCUGAUGUAACGAUCCCCAUACCAGAUGUGUCUCAAGUUAGUACCUCCUGGCUCAAGAAACAGAUACGACGCUCAACGCCUUCUGUCACCGGAAACAAAAGAUUAAAGCUGAUAUUUUCAGGACGUGUUCUUGUGAAUGAUACGAACUACAGAGACGUGCUUGUGAGACACAGUUAUGAGUCUGACGAUGAAGAUUCAGGUAAGCCCACUCAAGUGUAUGUCCAUUGUCUAGUAGGGGACGAGCUGUCUGCGCAAGAACUCCAAAAAGAAGAUGAACUAGACAACAAACAACCCGAAACUUCGACAACACCGGCGCCGGUGGGAUUUGACAGGUUGCUGUCUCAAGGGUUCUCCCAACAAGAUGUGCUAGAGCUCAGACAACAAUUCCAGCGGAUGCACGGCAACCUGUCCACUCAGCGGCAAUCUGCGGAAGACAUCAGACAGCUAGAAGAUCGUUGGAUCGACAGCACUGUGAAUAAUGAAUUUGACGACUUUGCAGCACCUGGAGGAGCAGGAAAUGCAGCGCUCGGAGGCUCUCAUGACUCAGAUGCUAACAGAGACCUUUUGGUGGGGAUUCUGAUUGGGUGUUUCCUCGGGGUAUUCGCGUUGUUUCUCUUGAAACUGGAACUAGGAGAUGUGUUCAACAAGAGGACGAGAAUGGCGGUUGUAGCCGGGACGUUUGUGAAUUUUUCGUUUGGUUUGGUUCGGGCAUGGUCGUAA